AUGGCCGGCUGCGGAGAGAAGAGCGAUGCCGGCGUUGGCCUGUACGCCGUGCUCGGCGUUGCGAGCAACUGCUCCGACGCGGAGCUGCGCAGCGCCUACAGGAAGCUGGCCAUGAAAUGGCACCCGGACAAGUGCGGCAGCGGCAGCUCCGGCGGCUCGGAGGCCGCCAAGGCCAGGUUCCAGAAGAUCCAGGCAGCAUACGCUGUUCUGUCGGACCCCAACAAGCGUAUCCUCUACGACGUUGGAGCCUACGACAGCGAUGGCGAUGGCGAUGACGAGGGUGCAGGAGAAAUAUUGGGAGACAUCCUGGAGGCCAUGAACCACACACCUCCACACGAAGACGGCGAGAGCGAGAGCCUGGAGGACCUGCACAAGCAGUUCGAGGAGCUGUUCCUCAAACCGGACGCCUACGCCUACGCGCGCUCCUCCAAGUCCUCAUCGUCGUCGUCCAAGAUAACUGCCGGCAAGAAGUAG